AUGCCUAAGUGCGAUUGUCCAAAAUGCCAACCGUUAGGUGGUAAACUUUUAUCAUGGAGGACUUGGCGGCGACAUCAAAAAAAUAAUUAUUCUCACCAUACGUUUUCCAAGCAGACUCUAUCUAAUUCAGCUUCUUCAGCAAAUAAAAAGCCUAUAAGACCUAACACACAGAGUAAUUACUCGGAUAAAUGGAAAAAUAAAACAGAUUAUGUUGACAAUGAGAAUGCUAUGGAUUAUUUUGAUGAGAUUGAAAUGAAUGAUUUUGACGAGAAUGAAAUGGAUAAUUUUGACAUUGCACUGUCAGAGUCAUCUUCACAUACGGAAAUGGCAGAAAAUGUUACACAGUUACAAGAAUGUAGUAAGGAUAAUUUUGAUCGAAGUGAACACGAUCAAAGUGAAGAUGGUAAUUCCAAUCAAAGCGAAGAUUGUAAUUCCGAUCAAAACGAACACGAUAUUGAACAAGACAUUGAAGAAGAAACUGACGUUGAAGAUGAAACUGAUGAAGUGUAUAAUACAAUUAUAUCAUCGUCACCAUUAUUAAAUGUUAAUUAUUCGGAUCCGUGUGGUAUUAUUCUGGAACCAUCAUACAACCCUCGAUCAUUUAUGAUUACCAAAACUGGAAUUAUAACUUUAAUUAUCUUCUUUUAUCAAGUUUUAACAUAUUUAGACAUUUUUCAAUUUCAAAAUUUUCCACGAAGCCAACAUUAUGUAGAAAAACUUAUUGCACAACCGACAAAUGAAUCUAAUGAAAAAUUAAUGUAUUCACCAUUUAAACGACAAGUUGAAAAAGGAGUAUUAGGUGAUAUCUACGACGGGAAAGUUUGGAAAGAAUUUUUAGAUGAACGAGGACAACCUUUUUUUGUAGGAAAUAGUACUGUUGUUCGAAUUGGAUUAGCUUUUAACCUUGACUGGUACACUCCAUAUAGUCAUGUUAAACGAAGUUGUGCACCAAUAUACUUGACAAUUCUUAAUUUUCCAAAGCAUAUAAGAUAUCAAAGUGAAAAUCUCAUUCUCGUCGGCAUUAUACCUGGCCCAGAGGAACCAAAUACAAAUUAA